AUGAGUUUUGAGACAUCUCUCGAUACUCUUUUGUCAAACCUGGUCUGGACGAUAUUGACCCCUCCGUGGUUAAUUAAGCACCUCCCGUUCGAAGGCGCCCGCAAAGCACAUGAGCCUUUUGUCAACUGGGAAAGUGGAAGAAGCACAUCGAGGCUACCAUGGCGAUGGAAUAGAUACCAUGCGUUCGUUGGUUCGAAGCCUAUGGCGAGAAGCGGGGAGCGAGGAAGUCAUCUCCGGGCUAGGUCAAGAAAGGAGAACUCAAAAUUCCACCUCUGUCUGACUCAGAUCCCAGGCAAUGCCUUCGUCAUGGUCGUAGCCGGCCAUGAAACCUUAGCGAACAAUUACAGGCCAACUGCCUACUACACCUAUAACAGCUGGACGGCCAAGGGAAACAUCAGCGCCUUGCUCAGUGGAAUUGUUGGUGCUGUUCUCAAUGAGCAGCUGCGAAGCAUGCCCCCAGUGGUUGCCAUUCCAAAGCAAGUCUCAAAACACCAAGACCAAAUUAUCGUCGUUGACGGGAAACGGUCCACACUUCCAGCCGGGGCUCACAUGUCCCUAAAUGUAGUCGGCAUCCACAGUAAUCUCAAUACUGGCCAACGCAGCGCUCGAAAGUUGCAGAUGAUGCACAUGACCUUAAUGAUUUCAGGCCAGAAAGAUAGCUGGUUAAGAGUGCACCAGAUGGAACACAGCUUGUUGACAGUGCAACAGAAUCAGAGGACAGCAAAGAUUUCGGAGGGUCCACUGGAGAGGACCCUUCUGUGCAACUCUUCCGUCCUACGACAUGAUCCUAUAUCCCCUUCUCUUAUUGUCCGAGAUCUUUCUUGGGAAGGAGAUUGGCUCAAUAUUUUAUCGAACUCGCAGUGGAUGAAUGGGGCCACAGACGAAGAGGUCCCCAAGAUGUCUGAUGAGGAGCGAACGAAGUUGUACAAGCUGGCCCAGGACAAGGCGAGAAGCACGAUUAGAAGUGCAACUCAGAUCACGCUGGAGCUACACGAUUAACAUGGAUUCAUACUAGCCCGGGCAGUCCUGAAGGGAGAGGAGAGGUUUGUCAACUUUGUAGAAUAGACAUCGAGCAACCAGAGCUUGGACACAUUGUAGAUUAGAUAUCGGGAGUCUUUCCCCAGCUUAGGUGGCGUUUUACGCGCUGAUAAUGGGUUGGCAGUGAUGCUCGCGUGGGUGACGUGCCAUGAAGGUUCGACUGUACGGCCUGAUGAACCUCCACAAUAGAGAGCAGAUGCAAUAGCCAAUUCUCACCAAAUAUUCCAUUGAUCAAUGAACAAAUGUAGCUGGUGCUCACCGAAAAUCCUUUCUCUUCUG